AUGAAAUUCAAAUGAGAUACUUGUGCAACCGCAAAAGAACACUCCAAAAGUGACACUUUUCUCCUCUUUUAUUGGAAGGCAAGCAAAACUCAAAAACGAAAAAAAAAAAGUUCAUUUUUUUGCUAAAAAUUGAAACUUUUCAUCGCAUUAUUCAGUAAUCAUGGCUUCCCGCCGGCGAAUGCUUUUGAAAGUCAUCAUUCUCGGUGACAGUGGUGUUGGAAAAACUUCGUUGAUGAAUCAAUUUGUGAAUCAUAAGUUUAGUAACCAGUACAAAGCAACAAUUGGGGCGGAUUUCUUGACAAAAGAAGUUCAGAUUGAUGACAGGCUUUUCACAUUGCAGAUAUGGGAUACAGCUGGGCAGGAGAGGUUCCAAAGUCUCGGUGUAGCCUUUUACCGUGGUGCAGACUGCUGUGUUCUUGUGUAUGAUGUUAAUGUCACAAAAUCAUUUGAGGAUCUUAACCGAUGGAGAGAAGACUUUCUGCUCCAGGCUUGUCCACAUGACCCUGAAAACUUCCCUUUUGUUGUGUUGGGGAAUAAAAUAGAUGUGGAUGGCGGAAACAGCCGAGUUGUGUCUUCAAAGAAAGCAAAGGCAUGGUGUGCUUCGAAAGGAAACAUUCCCUACUUUGAAACAUCUGCUAAGGACGGCACGAAUGUUGAAGCUGCUUUUCAGUGCAUAGCAAAGAAUGCCAUCAAAAAUGAGCCUGAAGAAGAUAUAUAUCUUCCGGACACCAUUGAUAUGUCUGGCGGCCAGCAACAGAGGUCAUCAGGAUGUGAUUGCUAGAUUAAUUUGCAGUUAUUUAUAUCAGCCGGUUUAGAACUUUCAUUCAUCACCAACUAUUUAACUUUGAAACUAUUGCAGUUUUUGUACAUUGUUCAAAUAGAGUUGAAGUAAUUUUUCAUAUUUAAAUGAUUUAUGCGAAUGACUCGCUUGUUCAUUAUGGCUCAGGCACUAAUUAUCAUUCUCUCUUAAUUUGUGAUUGUCAACGAGUGAUAUGAAUUACUCCCUCCAUUUCUUUUUGUUCUUUA